CGCAAGGCGCGAGUACGAUGCCAAAAUUCUGCACUUUUCCUUUAAAAAUUUUUUAAGGGAAAAUUAAAAUUAUCGUUAAACACAGAGAAACACGAAAUUUACAUGCACAUCUCGUAAAGCAAUUAAAAUGCAUGCUCAUUCCUGAUGAAAUACAUUCCUUACUAAGUUUUAUAACUAGAGAAACUGUAUAAUCGGCAUUAAUUAUUUUGAAGUGUAGCCAUGCGACUGCCAUGAUAGAUUCAAGCGUGUAUAAGGGAUUGCUCAAGUAAAACAGUUUUCCUAUAAUGUGGAAUAUCGUGACGGAAAUCAAUACUUGACUGUGAUCAGGAUGGUGGUGGAUUUUGCUGCAAGACCUUUCCACACUACAAAAAUGCAGCCAACUGGCAUGAACCCAAAAGAGCUGUCAGAUAAUGAUGAUAUUGCCACAUCCUUGGUCUUGGACCCAUUCCUGGGUUUCACUACGCAUAAAAUGAACAUCAGAUUUAGGGCUCCAAGAACAAAUAAUGGAGAACUAAAGAGUAUUAUCGAAGAUUUCAUGAAAGACCAGAAUUAUGAAAAGGCUUUUAAGAGAAUUAUUAAAGGGGACUGGAUGCCUCGAAUAAAGUCCAAAAUCCAAACAAAAAAAUUAGAAGAACAUAUUUACAGAUACCUCAAUAUGUUCGAUAAAGACUCUGGUUUUGUGAUAGAACCUUGCUACCGAUACUCGAUGGAAGGUCAAAAGGGCGCGAAAGUAUCGGCGACAAAAAAAUGGUACAAAAAUGAUAAGAUUGAGCAUUUGGUGGGCUGUAUAGCGGAACUGACCGAAGAAGAGGAAAAACAGCUGCUUCAUACUGGAAAAAAUGAUUUUUCGGUUAUGUACAGCUGUCGGAAAAAUUGUGCACAACUUUGGCUUGGGCCCGCGGCUUAUAUCAACCACGAUUGUAGGGCAAAUUGUAAAUUUGUUGCUACAGGAAGAGAUACGGCUUGUGUCAAGGUCCUAAGGGAUAUUGCUGUGGGGGAAGAGAUCACUUGUUUUUAUGGUGAAGAUUUCUUUGGUGACAAGAACUGUUACUGUGAAUGUGAAACCUGUGAACGUAGGCAUACAGGCGCAUUUUCAAAAGAGGCAGAACAGAAAGAAGAAAAUGGGUAUAGGUUACGAGAAACAGAUAAUAGACUGAACCGCACUAAAGAGAAGAUGCAAACUACUAAGGACAGUUGCCCUACAGAAAAUGGGAAGAUCAUCACCCCGCUGAGUAUGAAAGAAAUGCGCCAGAAAGGUCUGACGAAGUACGAUGCGGAACUUCUGAUUGCUCAAGGUUGCAAGUUUUCUGACAUCGACCUUGAAAAGGAAAGGCGAGUUUCUGCGGGAAACGCGGGCAGCGGGAGGCAACCGCUGAAAAAAUGUGCGACUGGUAGUACAGCCUCGGAAAAAAGCAAAAAGACUGUGAUAAAUGGAACUGUUUCUUCGCCUACUACCAGGGCGUCCAGGUUACAGAGGAGACAUGCUCUUCAGGCGAACCAGGAGCUGAUGCAGACUGCUACGCAAAAUGUGUCUCGUUCUAACUUGUUAGAUGACAUGCACAGCAAUGCGAGUAGUUGUCCAAGUACUUUCAGUGAUACUGAUACGGGAUGUGAGGCAGUCACGGACAAAACUUUCGAUGAAAACCACGAGAGCGGGAAGGUUGUCAGUUCCGCGAGUGAAGUGAUACAUACAGACGUGGUUGACCAUACGACAGAAUCUACGGGCAUUACUCUUCGUAACCACAAAUGUUUAGGAAAUGAAAAAUUAUCGGAGCCUGACGUUCCAGUGCAUCAAAAGGUAGAUUGCAAUCAGAAUGGCGUUACAAACUAUGAUAGUGCAAUGGGAAGGAGUGGAGAAAAAGCUGAUUAUAAUAAUAGCAAAAAUUAUUCGGAAAAACCCGAUUCUACGCACGAACCCCGUCCGAAUUCACGACAGAAGCGGCGUUCAAGUCGUAGCCAUGCCCAACAACCGACACAACCUACCGUAUCGCCUCCUGCUGCCGAAGUACCCCUUACCGAUCAUUACCCGCAUAUCGAUCCCACCUCCGAAACAGAUCAUCCCUGCCAUACGGAAGUUAAACCUCACACAGACCAUCAUCUUCAUGCUAUCUCUGUCCCAACGUCAGACCACUCCCAUGACGACACUGACCACCCGCUUAACGCAUACUAUGCCCAUCACAACUCGGACCGCCCGCUUAACGCAACCACCGCCCCUGCCGCUGAUCAUGCUUCUCACGACGUGUACGAAUUCACGGAAGAUGAGGACAACGUGGAAGAAGACACACCCUGUUUGCGAAAGAAAAAGGAGGAGAAUGGUGAAGAUAGGGUGGGGAUGUCCGAGGGAAUGGAGGGGCAAAAAGAAGAAGACAGGACUGAAAAUAGUGUGCGUGAGUGGAAGGAGCAGGAAGAGAACACGACCGCGUGGGUGAAUAGGGAAUGUGCAGCUAGAGAGAAGACGCCUGAGAGGAGCGGACGACUGAAAUUGACGCUUAGGAUGAAGAGGAGUCCGGUUUUAGACGAGGUGAUAGAGUCUGGUACCUCGAUGAGUGAAGAAUAUUUCGAACCUGAAUAUGAAGUAUUGAGGGUGGAAGGUGUAGAUAGUUCUUCGUUUUCGCAUCGUAAGAAGAGACACAAGUCUAAAGAUAGGCGGAAAGAUAGGAGGGCUAGACAUACCGAGGAAUGUGCAGAAGAAAAAGAAGAGGUUCCCCAAUCCAAUCGAUGUUAAAAAGGCUGCUUUAGAUACCUCCAAUAGUGCCGAUGAAACGUCUUCGUUUGAUAUUCGGCAACGAGAGCCAUACAAUCGAUAUACCGUCCACAAGCAGUCAUAGUCGAGGUCAUACGUGAUGAAUUGACAACAUUGGCUCGCAGAGAAGGUGGCUAGCCGACUGGUGGCUGAUUGAAUACGCAAGGCAGGUCUCAGCAAUUCGUCUUGAGAUUCUGCCAUUAGGCUUGGGAUAUGGGAGGUACAGAAAAAGAGGGGCGAUAUCAUGCUUAGUUUUCUUGAACUGUAUAGUGUAACGCAUUGAAUGCAAUACCUAUAGCUCAAUAAUAUCCUGCGUCAAAAUAUUCAUGUGGGUGUCGGCCAAAUCAACGAGUAAUGGGUAAUGGAACAUCGAAACAUCUAUGGUAUGGCAAAUAAACGUGAAUGACCUGGUACCCAAAUGUUAUUGUUCACAAUCUGUCGGAUAUUUCUGCUAAGGCAGAGGAUUUAAUUAUUGUCGUUCUAGAAAACAACCUGUUUACAAAUAUCAGAAUUCUGUUUUGACCAGGAAGCCAGUGCAUGGUUCUCUUACCUUUUGGGAAACCAUAUUCCUGGACGCUAAUAGAAUAGCUGCUCCCCGAAUAAUUCUCGGGAGGAAAUGUGCAGAAAUCUCGCCCUCGUCCAUUAGUCUCGAUUCUAAAGGGAGCUAACUUUGUUACCUGACAGAAAAGGUAAAAGAACAAUUUCUACCAGCUGUUCUAUUUCCCUCUUUUAAAAGAACUGGGUCCCUGAAGUCCAGCAGUUUUUGCCAUGGUAGUAAUCUAGUCAAAAUUGUAUCUUGUCCAAUUAUACUUUACAAUUGAUGUGCCCAAGGAUUGUUGACAGUUUGAUAAAAUUAUCAUAUCACUACUGGGCCAGUAUGAAAAAGUAUAAAGCUUUUUCGUCCUUGCCAUAGAAGCACUACUGCCAUAAUGUCAUUCACACCUUUUCGAUCUAUAGAGGGGCAAAGGAUUACUGGACACUCACUUGAAUAGACAUGCCAUUCAUCUUCGUAUUAUGUAUUUUAAAAUGAGUUAAAACAUCCAGAAUAAAAAAAGCCUGGUAUGUUUCACUUUCAGAGGCCUAAAUCUUCAUAUACGAGAGAAUAUGUUGAAAUUGUCCAUACUUUGCGGGACAGUAGAUGCACCUUAAAUGAGACUUUGGCGCUAAUGAAAUUUGAAAAGUUUCUCAACGUGUAAGCUGUGUAUACUCCAGAAAAUAAGCAUUUUUUUUUACAAAAAGUACAAUACAUUUUUUUAUUGAUAUUGUUAGAAUAUUCUCGUCAUUAGAGGGUUUAGUCAUUGGCCGUUGUUUAAAUAAACUAUGGAUGCUAUGUGAAAUAGUAAUAGAAACAAUUUUAUAGGGAAAUCAAUUCUCUCAUAAUUUUUUUUUCAAUAGACAACAAUUUGCGAGAAGUUCGAGCAUAAUGCUGCACGUAAUGCAUGAAAAAUGUAAUAUUUUCGGAUGAUUUCUAGUAAUAGUUUAUUGUUUUUUUUUACAUAUUUGCAUAGAACUCGUCAAAAGUGAAUAUAAAAUUUAUAAUAUAAAAAACAAACAAACACAAAUAAUCUACAAACAAUUAAACCUUACAAAACAUAAAAUUCCGAGACUGCGUAAUAACAGGUUUUUUUUUACAAGAAAAUACUUGUUUCAUUUUGUAGAAGUUUAUAUCGUUGGCAUUUCUUAUGUCUACUAGUAGACUGUUGAAAAUGUUUAGCCCUAAAUACGUUGAAGACUUCCUCGAUACAUUGUAUUUCACCAAAGGUACAUAUAAUUUUAUUUUGGUAUAACUGUUUUAGUUUUAGAGCUAACGAAAUAAACUACUUUACUACUUUAUUAAGGAAAUACGAUUCUGAUGGACGAUUAUUUACAUAAGAAAAAGAAUCGAGAAUUUUCUAAAAUGAAAAUUCGAAAAAGGCUAAAAAUAUAAGUAGCUCCCUAUUUUUCAACAAAGAAAAGCAUUUUUGAAUGCAAAGAAUGCUUUUCAGAAUGCAAAAAAUGCAUUUUUAGGUGAAAAAAAAUCAUUAAUGACAUACUGCGAACGCGGAGCACGAGUCAUGGCAUAAAUUAAUAGACACACAUACAUUUCUUAACACCUAUUGAUAAAGUGUAUUUCAGAACAGUCCAAGAUGUUCUGGCAAAGAACUUAAAAAUAACAAUUCGAAUAAACGCUUGCUGGUUAAACGGCUUCGAUUUUUUGUAGAUGUCAAACUAGCUUUGGAAAAAAGUCUUUCACUUGGAACGGAAGUGGCCAGAAGUAUUUUAAUGACAAUUUAGGUAAAUUUGGAUAUACGCCCUUCAUUUCUUCCCAUAAUUCCUAGGGAUCAUCUUUUUAAUUGCCUCACUGGUACUCCCAAAUACUGUGUUACUUCGUCAGUACCCACAUUGGGGUACACUUUUCUUUUUUAUGUGCGAUUUCUUCUUGAGGUAUGCCCGUAAAUCAAAGGGAAUCAUCUUCUGACAUUGCUACUUCAGAUCGGGAUUAUUUUACUAACUGCAACCUUUUACACUCUUUGUUCUUUGUUUAAUCUGUAUAAUGUUAUUGCCUUGACCACUCUGGCAACAGUUAUAGAAAUUGUUGUCAUUGCACAAAAUCCAGUGAAGGUCCAUGUAAGUCCAUCAAAGAACCCUUUACUAGUUAUGAAUGAUUUAAUUAGUUCAGUUGUAUCCUCAAUAGCAUACACACUUUUGGUGAUGUCUAGUGCACCUAGGAAGUUGUACUCGAAAUUUAAAUUUAUAGUUUUAUUUAGGUAUGGUAUGAAGAUGGUACAGUAUCUCUCAUUAUCUAGUAAAUUCAAUCUAUGUGGCUCACUGUUGCAGCUUAGGUAAUUUGUAUCAAAUGUGCAGUUGGAAGUAAAGGUUACCAAACCUUCACUUUUGAUAUCAGACACAUUAAACAUUACAUAAGGUUUGAGACUACAAGAAACGCAAGCAAAUUGGCCUGGAACAAUUUUAACCCUUUCAACAUCAACAUUUCCAAUCAUAAGUCCAACAUUUCCCUUAACUUUGCUUCUAGCUUCUAGUAUUUCUAUGUUGCCAACCUUAUACACCUCAGACACUUCUUGCCCUUUGGUCACUUGCUCCAAAUGGUGUAAUAAUAUUUUAAUUUCUUUCAAUUGAUCCAGCUCAUUCUGACUUGAGGCACCACCUUUAAAAAUCUUUCAAUCAUAUAGAAUGUUGAAUUCCAUCGAGUUUUUAUAAAAAAUGAGUUUUUUAGAUUUCAUUCAAGUGUCCCUGCCUAUUGUUGGGUAAUAAAUCAGUAGCUUUUACACUUCUUUUAAAAUAAAUGACAAUGGAUCUUGCUGUUUCAAUUUAAUUUAAACCUUCUGUAUUUUUAAUUUCAUUCUCACACAGAAUAUUUAGGGUAUUGUGCCAAGCACGAAAUAUAUUUUUUUUCCAAAUGUGUCUACAACAGCUUUGACAAUAUUUUAGUCUGUUAUCACAGUUCACAUUAUCACUAGUUAUACCCCAUUCACUUAAACUACUAGCAAGCUGGGAGCCAAUGUAAGCAGCUGUGUGUGCCUCAUUUAAUUGAGUAAUCCCAGUUGUCUCCGAAGUCAAUUUUAGUUUAUGAAUAAAAUGAAUUGUAAUUUCCAGAUAACUUUUUGUUUUUUUAAAUCAGAAGUCCAUAUCUGUAAAAUAUUGUAUGUUUGAUAAUAUUUGCUUAAAGGUAGCAGAAACUGGAUUAUACUUUUCAGCCACUCUGUUCCUACUUGGAAGCCACCCUUUUUAUGAGGUCCAAAAAGCCGUUUCCUUCCAACGUACUGAGGGGCACAUUAUCUUGCACAAUAAAAUUUACAGUGCCCUCUUGUUAUUUUGACAUCCACCAUCUAAAAAUAAUAUUUCGUUUUCAUUUUUACUGAUAGACUGUUUUAAUAUUGUUGUAAAUCAUCCAUUUAUAGUAUAUAGGUUAAUUUAACAAAAUCAUAUAUUAAACAUUUUUGCCGAACUUUACCUGAAUAGGAUGAGACGUUUUUCAUCGAAUUAAUAAUUGAUGGCUGUUUUAAAAAUGUCAUAGCAGUCAAAUUUGAGUGACGACUCUCCUCAUUUAUAUUUGAUAUUGAAGAUGUGGAGGCUUCUGAAGGUUCAAUAGUCAAAGUUGGUGCAUUUGACUGGGUGUCAUCUUCCAAGGAAGUCUUUUUCUGAAAUGAAAAGUAUCAGUAGAUGAAAAUACAUAAAAACCUAAAAAAACACACCUUGCUGGUUGUUACGUAUAAGUAUCACGACAGUAGCGCGGCAUACUCCGAACGCUACGUACCUGUUAGCAUACAAGAUGAUCUCACGUGGGGAUGACUCCAUAAUCAAUAACACCAUUUUAAAGUGAAUCAUUUUUUACUUCCACGCGUAUGUAAAAUUAAUAUGGGCAAUGUAUGAUGUCUUCAUCAUAAAUAUGCAAGUCACUCACUCCCAUCAGUCUGGGUAUUAUCCAAUUUGCCACUGCCUAACCUCAGCAACCUUUGCAACUAUUUCAAUGGAAGUGGAGUGAUGCGAUAAACCAGCAUUAUCUACAACUCGUCUUCACUAAAAUUGGUACAAGGGUUG